AUUUCCACAGUUCUGCUAUAAAUAUGAUGUUCAAGUGCCGACAGGCGUCAGUCAAGUGUUUUGCUUUCUGUGGAAUUUUUAUCCAAAACUUACUUACAACAUGAGAGUUGGCUUGGCUAUCUGCUGCCUCUUGUUCGUUGCGGGAGCCAUAUGUGACGAUAAGGCUGAAGAAUUCAUAGAAGCUUUAAAAGAGGAUAUAAUACCUUGUUUGGAAGAAGCUGAGAUUCCGCAAGAUCAAAUUAAGAAGUUUGUCGUUAAUGACUUGGAAGGUGAGGAAAGGACCAAAUGGGGAUGCGUGAAAGCCUGUGUUAUGAAACGCAUAAACAUUAUGACGAACGGUCAGAUCUAUGUAGACAACUUAAAAGACUUUAUGGAUAAAUUUAGCGAAGAGUCAGAGUCAAACCGAGCUGCGGAAUAUGCGGAUAAGAUAAAGAAAUGUGUGGAAGAAGUUUCUGGGAAAACCGACGAGUGCGAGAUCGCUUUCGAGUUUUCACGCUGCAUGACGCCGGCUUAAUUCAAAGGAAUUUCGACUUCUUGAUUUCUUGAAUAGCAGAGAAGCAUUGGAAUUAUCACACAGAAAAUAAUACAAGAUAUGAUGCAACUGUAAAGACGCGAAUACAAAAGCAAUUAAAUGAAAAUUGA